CGCUCUCUGUCCUCUGUACUCAUCACACUUUCCCACUUGACCCAACCAGCACUGCAUCGUGAGAUACCCUAUCUCCCUCACUCGUCGCGACUUCCCUUCUUUCCUUUCAUUCAACGCUCUUGGAAUGAGUAGCGCUCUUCCACAACGCCUCUGAAGGCUGGGGCCGCCACGCAUCACCUCGUUACUUCCCUCAGCGCACGCGGUGCGAUCGCAAAGCAGCGAGCGAGCGAGACCACUCCUCCUAUUGAGCUUGCACUAUGCAGGGCAACGAUCAAAACGUUGAGGCGGACCGCUCGUCAUCACCUCAUCAUAUCACUGCCAACGCCAAUGCUGCUGCUGCUGCCGCCGCGAAGGGCAUCUUGCGAGACGCUGCACCCACUCUGCCGCCAACGCACAAUGUCGCCUUCAUGGACCCUCACCACGGCGCAAAUGCUCGCAGAGAAUAUCGGCUCGAAGGAUCCGCAGUCACCGACACUUCCGUCGACUCAGAUCCUCUUGUCUUCGCAAAGCGACCAGUUCUCGGCCUCAACAACCGAUCCAGAUCGUCUUUUUCCACUACAUGCACGUCGCCGACGAGCGAAGCCAGCCUCGCCACCAAUGCGACGAGCGCCUAUACCCACACACCUUCGCUCUGCCGCUCUGAUACCGAGGUUUCCGACGCUCCUGGAGAUGAUGGCGAAGAAGUCAAACAGGAGGAAGAGGGUCAGCCGCCAGUAUCUCUUCUGACCGCAGCCCUGAUGGCCGAAGGCGCUGUCGCUCCUCAGCGCGUCAACAUAGCUUGCGGCAUCCUCAGAAAGGAGACGAGUGAUGGAAAUGGAGGAGCAGAGCAUCAGCAUCACGACUCAGGCAAAGUGUCAUUUGCCGGGCAGGGUGCGCCAUCUGCUAAGGCUCGAUUCGCAGAACCACCGAAACCAGCACGUAUUGGCGGCAGGAGAGUCAGUCUGCCUCCGCCGCAGGCAAAGGGCGCUCGUCUAUCCGUCUCACCCGAGCACUACUCAGAGGGGCCAGAAUCGCCGCCGAGGCCGCUGCUUUUCGACGCUCAAGCUCAUGCAUCCUUUCUGCCUCCGGCUGGGCCGUCCGUACUUAAAGCCGAGGGUAGGGCUUCUCCUCCUCUUGAAGUUCGUCCGGAGCAGCCUGCCAGAAAGCGCACGCUGGUCUUCCAAGACGCUGCAGGCGUUGAAGAGAGAGCAAGAGCACGGGCUGUUGCGGCCGAUGCCGCAGCGAAAGCAGCCGCCAUGAUGAAGGGCAGUGAGCGGUCCGGUGCCGACGCCGGCCCAUCCUCGACAAAGGUCCAUCCCAGCGACGCACCAACGCCACCAAUUCGCUCUCGAUCACCUUCGCCUGCGCAGGUGCCGGUGUCUAUUCACGAGAGCAUGCUUACUCAAGUGUCAGCCAAGCUCACGGAACAGGUAGCAACAACGGAGCGCAAGCUCACCUUCGCCGCUUCACCCAGCGAAUUGCGUCGCUCUGCUUCGGCUCGUCGCAGCCUUCGACGCCCCAGACCGCGCUCCUCCAAGGCAUCUCUGUCUAUCAGCUCGGACGAGGAGGGGCGGCCAUACGUCGACAGCGUGGCUGCGGCGAGCAGUCAGAGGAGCGGGAGAGCAGGCCCGCCUAGACGGCACCGCAGUGGAAGCCCAGCACCAAAGAAGCUCGGAGGGCCGGAGACGAAGCGUGGUAGCGGUAAGGGCAGGCCGAGGUCGCCUGCGCCGCGUGGACGGGUAGCCCUACCUCGGUCUGCAACCCCCGACGCGGAUGACUUGGACUACGAGGAGGAUGACGAGGGCAGCGACGACGACGACGAUGAGGACGACGACAGCAGCCAGAACGACACAAGUGAGGACGAGGACGGCAUCGGCAGCUACAAGCCUGAGGCACCUCUUUCCUCCUCUCCCGUAGCCAUCGCCCCCUCCCCACGCCCAAGCGUCGACUCUCAGUCGCAUCCCGCCGCCUUCUCUCACUCGGACUUUGAAGACGAAGAUGGCACGGGCGAGCGAAUCACGGACCGCGAGGUAGGGCCAAGCAGUUAUGAGCUGCCUCUCGUGCACAGCAGACAGCGAUCGCCAAAUCCAUGGCCUAUGUCGAACCACGGCUCUCCACUCUCCUUUGCAAGAGGUCGCCUGCCUACGCCGGCUAUUAGCGAUAUCGAGGGCGCAUCGCUGGACAGAGGUUCGCGUCGCCCUUCCAUGACGACAUCGCAUCGCACCGUCAGCGGUGGCGGCGCCGCCAGUGGUACGCCUCUGAGCCCGUCGUUGAGCCCCUCUCGCUCCAGGUCGCGCCUCUCGCCCAUCCCUGUCAAGCCAGCAGCAUCGCGCUCUUUUUCGUCUGCGGCAGUAGAGGCGACGGGGUCGGAUCCGCGACGAUGCGAGCCUAGCACGUUCGCCAGCUGUGAACAGGUCCUCGGUGGCAACACUACGACAUCCGGCUCGCCGCAGCAAUACGUAGGCGCGCACUCGCCAGAUGCGUGGACAACUUUGCGAUCCUGCCUCGAAUCAGCUAUGCUGAGCGACGGGGAACAGCAGGCGCCGUCUCAAGGCCAACAGCAGCAGCAGCCACGAUGGCGCCGCCCGGCAUGGAGCAGCGCUCGCAGCACGCCAGGGACGCGUUCCGUCGUCUUGACCCCCAGUCGCGGCGUCAGCGGGGAGAUGGCCGCUCCCAGUAGUCGCUCCUAUGCGCUCGGCCAGCAACUGCAGUCUUUCUCCACUGCGGCACUCCAUGAUUCGUCGGCAGCCGCUUCCUCGUCCUCGGCUGGGCCGUCACAGUGUCCCUCACCGCAGCUUGGUGGUGCCGGAGGGGCUGUACUCGCUCCGCCUGUCAAGCUCGACUCUGAUACUCCAUCGGCUACGACGAGGCCGGCCAAGCCCAUCCGCAUCGACUCUGACUCGUCCACGGGUUUGAGCCGUGAGGAAGGACAUCUUGCUGGUAUUGGGGAGGAGCAAGCGAGACGCUUGAGGCGGAAGGAGCAGCAACACUAGCUUCAGAAAUACGACGAUCAGCAUAGAGUCAAGAAGACGAAGAGGAGGGAGUCUAAGAGCGCAACAGCGGAGGCUGCGCGAGAGGUGGUUGAAGAGGAGCAGUAGAUUGACCGCCCUCCGAAUUCGCAGACCAGGCCCGCUGCUGCUGCUUCGGACGCAGUACUACCUAUCAAAAAGCAUUCGACCUUUCGGUUUCGUACCGGACCUCAUCUCACUUUCACCUCCCUCUACAUAUCUGCCCGCAGCAUGCACCCAGCUCCUACCCACACAAACACAUGUAUUUUCACAAAGCAGUCGCGAUGCCACCAUGACUUCCUACAUCACAUCGUCCCUCGAAAGCGGGAUCGCAAAUAGACAUUCAUUUCCUCUCAAGG